GGCAACCACGUACUUCACGUUUAGCAGCUGCCAUUAACGUGUCCACCAGAUUGUCCUCCGAUGUGCAGCUUAGUCAAGCCACAAAAGAACAGCCUGCAUUAAAUAUCAGUCUCGAGUCGUUCGCUUCAUCCUUUGCAUCACCUUCGCUUCUCUCUGUAUACCCUUUUGGUUCUCGAGUGAGACAUGAAGAGAUGCAGAUUCGGAGGAGGAGAGGGAGAGAAAGAAGUGGCCUGCAUCAACAUGGCCAACGUCUUGUUGCUUCUUUCACGAGGACGCAGCGGCGGCGGAACACAAGAGAGCGACUACUUGGUGCAGUCGUCGUCGGAGCGGGUGUUCGAGUGCAGAACAUGCAACCGGCAGUUCCCUUCGUUCCAAGCGCUCGGCGGUCACCGAGCGAGCCACAAGAAGCCGAGGCUGGACGGCCACGGCCACGGUCAAGCGCAAGCCGGGGCGGCCGCCAAGCGAAGGGUGCACGAGUGCUCCAUCUGCGGUGUCGAGUUCGCCAUAGGGCAGGCCCUGGGAGGCCACAUGAGGCGGCACAGAGCCACAACAACCGGCGGCUCCGGCCUCAUCCUGGCGGCGGAGAAGCCGGUGGAGCGGAGAGGGAAGCUUUUGGACUUGAACUUGCCGCCUUUGGAGAAUGAUAUCAAGCUCGGUCCGGGAUCGGAAGUCAUGGACGAGAUUCCGAUGGUGGAUUGCUGGCAUUGAUGAAACAUUUCUUUCAUUUUUGUUGCCAUUUUGUUCAAUUUUCGUCGUUAUAUUUGCGUUCCUGCGGUCUGCACAUUCCUUGUCAUGGUUGGUAGUGUCGAGAUUUAUGGGAGACUACUUAUUCAUAUCGAUGUACAGAUUCAAUAAAUAUUUUUGGUAUAUUUUUUGUCCUUUUCGAGGAGAACGUAAAGAACAAUAAAUGAUCUCUCUUUCUUUUUCGGUAUUUGUAACCCAUCCAUCAUUUUGUCAUCUGCAAAAAAGAAAAGAAAAUUAUUGUAUGAGCAGAAAGAUCGCUUACUGUUA